AUGUACGCCCAAGAAGAAGCUUUCAAGAAAAGCGCGGACUUCGCGCUUUCUACAAGUGCUGUACUCAGCGGAAUAUGCCUUGCAUCAGGGGUCGUACUUUCCAACACUGUUUGCGGGCCCGAACUGGGAAAGCUUUGCGCAGCAGUAUCCACUGGCAUUGUUGCAAUACCCGCGAUCCUGGCUUUCUGGUCAAUCAGUGGACUCUUUAACAUGACCAUCGGCACCUGCGCCGAGUCCGCUCCCCUGUUUUACUGCGUAACUCUAGCCGCAAUGCUGGCUCAGAUUGCUGCAAUAGCCAAUGUAGCUAAAAUCAACGAGAAAGCGACCAAGAUGGAUAGCGAAUCUCAGAAGGACAGACCUAAAGAUGGAAACGGGAACAACGGCUUUACUCCUUGCUUGAGGCUGUAUGAAGCCGCUGUAGACAGAAUGCUAUAUCGGGAAAGGAGCAGUUUGCCCAAUGCCAAACAAAGAUCGAGAAGAGCCAACAAGAGCAGCAAGAGGUGCGGCAGAAAGACUAACGCUAUAGUUCAGGAUGACCGAGCGUCUCAGCACGCUUUUGUUUACCGCCUUUCCCUUGAAGCAACGGAUGGCGUUUUUCAGAGGCUCCUCGAGGAACUCAAGUCCUGCACAUUCCAUCCCACAAUUUUGACGCGUUCGAGAUACCUUGCUGAAUGUUGGAACCGAAGAAAGCACAAGGAAAGCAAGAAAUCAGAGCAACAAAACAACAAAGACUCAGAAAAAGAGUCUGCCGAAGAAGGAAAAGGCCGUAAAUGUCAAGUCAACAACUCCCAGCGCGUGUAUCCUUGCUUUCAGAAGCGACUCGAGUUUUACAUUUUGUCUCGGGCACUCCGACGCCAGUUGUUGCAGGAGAAAAGAAAUCUGGAGGAGUCAUUCGAUCUUCAGUUGUGCCGCCGGUCUGAAAUUAUUGCCCUCAAGAAGCCCAGGAGGACUGAAGUUGCAGUGCGCAAGACUCGUCGGGAUGAGGCGAUCUCCACUUGGGCCUUCAAGCCAACUUUAGGUUCACAGUACAACGCCUUCCUACAACGGAAGCUGCACCGAUAUUUGCGGGAGAGCACUAUAGCGUGUAGUGGUUACAUUCUAGGGCAAAGUGAAAAAGCGACAGAAAUGAAGAAAGGAGUCGCGGCAGAGGAGAAGGCAGGCACCAACAAACUGCCAGGGAGAGCCGCCACUGCUCAAGAAAGCAAAUCACUGAGACGAGAGAACAACACAGACAAAGUCUCACAUCACAUCACACCAAAGCAAGCCACGUCGUAUAUGGGGUAUGGGACAGCAAGUGAAAGAGAGAAGGUUACCGUUGCUAAGGCUUAUAGGACUCUGCUGAAACGUGUUUACGGUUUAGAGUCUGAAGUUUAA